AUGUUUUUGGGUGGCCUCGGGAUAUCAAUGAGAGACGAAGGAAAUUUUUUGCUGGAAAACGAGUUUGCUGGACUCAGCUCUGGAAAAGAGAGAGAGAGAGAGGGGGGAGACAGAGACAUGGGCGUUACGGAUGGAUGGACCUUGGACAUUGUAAAUUAA